AGGUGCUUUUGCCUCCUUAUUGUCAGUAUCGUAUUCUUCGUCGACCGAGUAUUGUAUCGGCUUACAUUACUCUCUAGUCUCAACUAACCUCAGCCAAUUAAGUGUCGUCAAGAACAUCUCCCUCUCAUACGCCUAAUGUACCCCUCUAGCGAUAGCCUUGUGGACCAGCCCUGUGUCAAGGACAUGGUCGUCACUGCUUGUGACAAAACCGAUGGUGGUCUCAAUGACCAACAACCUGACUUUGUUGUCAGUCCGAACUCGUGGACCCGGCGUAAAGGUGUCGGCACUCUUGAAUUGAAGAAUACCUUCAUAUCACUGCGGCUCUUGGACCCUGUUGAAGGAGUAAUUGGCGCUGACUCGGACGAGGAGAGUCCUCUAGAACUCAUCCAUCAUGCCUCUAAUCCUGUCUGUGCAUUCGAGCAUACACGAAGCUGGCCAACACAGUACAAUUCGGCCUAUCGCAGAGAGAGGAGUUGUCCUGCAGCUCUAAAGGGUGGAGUCUGUGAACUUGUCAACGACUCUAGCCCUGAAUGCGCCAUUGACGGUUGUUUCGAUGGAAACCCCGUAUGCGAAAUGACUUGUGGUAGUCCUCAGUAUAGUUCACCUGUGUGCGGCGAGGAUUCAACAAUGUCGGACCGCAGACCGUCAGCUGGGGCUUCCUUGACACCCUCUGGUGUGAAGAUGAGCAAGACUAUGAAUCAAACUUUGUCCUAUUCGCCUACCCGUACUGGUCGCGUUAAUGGCCUCGACUACAACUACCGGAGUCGCCGUUCGUCACGUGGUCUUGUGACCGGUUCUCGAGCCAAUAAUAACGAUCGAGUUAACUCCAGCAGUCUUAUAGGGAAUAGUAAUGGCCCGCCGUCAUCAACAGAUACUCGGUCCACUGUGAUGCUGCGGAAUAUUCCCUAUUCUAUGGGCCAGAUGAGAGUUUUAGAUGCCCUACUGUCUAUGGGAUUUCAGUCCAAAAUAGAUUUUUUCUACGCCCCUUUGGAUUUUUCGUCGGGGAACAAUCUCGGAUACGCAUUUAUCAAUCUGCGUAGACCUGAGUAUGUCGACGAAUUUUACAAUAAGUUCAACGAUGUGUCCCUGUCGCAUUUGGGUGAAGCAUGGUGCGUGAAGCGGCUGAAAGAUUUGAAGCCAAUGUUGCACACUAUCAUAACUCACCUGUUAUCGACAUGCCAGAGAGUUACCGUCCUAUCGUCGUCAACGACGAUGGCAGCAGAGUCUCUUUGCAUCACCAUCACCAUCGCCAACAACAAGACCAAGAGAUCUCGCUCAACCUGA